UAAACGAUCGCGUUGUUUUUGACGAUUCCAAUGUUAUUGUCUUGUGUCCAUACGCCCACGUAGCCUCCCCAGCCCAGCAGGGCUUGACUCAAUAUUGAUUUUGUAAGGAGCACUAGGCCCCGUGAGCUAACCUCUCGGCAGCAUGUUCGAGGGCGCGGUGGCCGGCAUCCUCAACCGGCUGCUGGGCAAGUACGUGCAGGACCUGGACACGGAGAACCUCAACGUCGGCAUCUUCUCCGGGAAUGUCAACCUUACCGACCUCAAGCUCAAGCCUGAAGCCUUGUAUGAACUCGACCUCCCAAUCGAUGUGAAGAUCGGAACUAUUGGACGGAUCAACCUGCAAAUACCAUGGUCCGGUCUCUACACCCAGCCGGUGGUGGUCCACAUCGAAGAUGUACUGGUCCUCGUCGGGCCAGCCAUCUCCAACAGCUACUUCGACCCAGAAAGAGAGAAGCGCCUUACGAGGGCAGCCAAGAGGAAGAUCCUCCAGGACUUAGAAGCAGAAAGCGAGAUCUUAAAGGGACCGCAGAAUUUCUUCGAGAAUCUAUUCACGGCGAUCGUGAAUAACUUACAGAUUUAUGUCAGGAAUGUCCAUGUGAGGUACGAGGAUUCGAUCAGCUCCAAGGAUGGGCCUUUGGCCUGUGGACUUUGUCUCCAGAGCUUGUCCAUUGAGACUACUAACAGCAAAUGGAAGCCAUCAGUAACCCCAGUGGAUGCAACCACGGUGUACCAGAUGAUGCGCGUGGAGUCGCUAUCUCUCUAUUGGAAUCCGACGGCGACUGCGCUGGACGACAAUGAAACCGCGCAUAUCACACCUAUGCAGUAUUACAACUGGAAGCACUACAUGCUGACAGGCCUGGACAAGUUCUCUAUGCACCAUGAAGACUUCGAGUUCUUGCUGAAGCCAGUAACAUGCAAGGUGAAGGUGCUCAUCAACCGCUCCGGCGAAGCGAGGGUGCCACGUCUGCUGCUGGAUGCCGUAUUGCAGGACAGUGCGCUGCAGCUGUCGCGCCGCCAGUUCCUGUCCGUCGACAACCUGCUGGCUUCUUUCGCUAGGAUCAAACUCAACAGGAAAUACCGCCACUUCCACCCUGGAGUACCAUUAUACAAAGAUGUGAAGAAAUGGUGGAAAUACGCCUACAACGUUGUCGUAGAACAACGAGUCAGGCCCUACUCCUGGGCUGCCAUCAAAAAGCACAGAGAAAACUACAACGUAUACAAGAAGACCUACAAGAGUACCUUGAGGAGCCCCAAUGAUACAGAGCUGAAGCUGGACCUUCAGAAGUGCGAGGACAGUCUGCCGAUCAUCUCUGUGGUUAUAGCCAGGGAGCACGCUAAGUUUGAGCUGCUAUCCCAAGAGCCAGAGACAAUCGAAGUCGUAGAAAGCGAGUACGACUGGUGGAAGCCAACCAGUCCAUCAUCAGAAACCGAACCGGAGCCCGAGAAGCCUCACUCCCGAGUUGAGCUGUGUGUCAAGCGUGGAAGAUGUCGUAGUCCUUGGGGACAGCUGUCGAGUAAUGAGCGAGCGCGCGUGUGUGAACUCAUUGGUUACGUCGAGGGUGCUCCGAGCAAGGACUCCUCCAAGCAGUGCAUCGAACACAAACUAAACUUGACGCUGGCCAACUGUUCACUGACACUGAUGAAUAGGAGCAAGGAAAUUAUGGUCGUCACUCUGACACAGUUUCUGGCGUCUUUGGAAACCAGACCCUCAGCAAAAGCUUAUAAGCUGUCAGCUCGAGCAGAGAGCAUAGUGAUCGAGGGCGCGUCGUCCGACGGCGAGUUGGUCCCACUAUUGACGCCCGAGCGCGGCGCCGGCGCCGGAGCCAACCUGCUCGCUGUUGACUUCGAGCGCAACCCUGUCAAUAGUGAUGCUGAUUAUGGUCUUACUGUGCUGUUGGAGCCGGUGGAACUGCUCUAUGUGGAGCACGCGUUCACCGAGCUGAUCAACCUCUUCCAAACGCGGCCCAUGUCGCGCCACUCCCUAAGCGCCGCUAUGACGUCAGCCGCCACUAGGGCUGCCCGCGUCAGCCGCGCGGCCAUAGUACAUGCCGUCAGCCGCCGGCAGCUGUUCCACGUCAGUGUGAGCGUGCGCGCACCCUGCGUGCUGCUGCCGGAGCACGCGCGUCCUGGCAGGUCAGGCCGUCUUCUAGUCCUGGACAUCAGCCGCAUUGUGGUCAAGUCGGACCUGCAGCCGCCAAACCUGGCGCUGGAAGACGCCACGUGCAUGGAGCUGGAGGAGCGCCUCUACGAUCGCCUGCAUGCUGAAUGCGAGUGCCAGGUGUUGUUCUGCGAAUGGGACGACCCCUGGAGGGAGCAGAGAAAGCACGCGGACUCCGAGCUGCACCUGGUCCCCAAGAUCAAGAUGCAAGUAGUCUUCUCCAACAGCAUCAAGAAAGACUACAAGCUGCUGCCGAGAUACAAGCUCAACAUCUCUCUCUCCAGCUUAAAAUUCAAUCUGUCAGACCGCAUCAUCGGUCUUCUCCUAGAUUUCGCCGACAACUUACCCAUGCCAGUCCCCAAUACCGUGCCGGUCUCAUUCCUGGACUCAGGAGACUACGCUGAAGACCUAGACGAUCCAGAAUUGGCUGAAUUGUUUGAAUUGGACACAGUGACGGGAGAUCCCGAGUACCCUGACUUGGUCAAGCUGAGGCAGAAGAUUGUGGCGGCUUAUUUGAGGAGUAGCAGGGCGGGCGAGUCAUGCAUGGACCGCGACGGCGCCCGCCUGGGCUUCCAGGCGGCGGCGCCGGCUUUCCUCUCAGCGGAGCACAGCGACGAAGACAUGGAGUUGUACGCGCGCUCCGUGGACCUGCCCGGCUUCGACGACAACGUGUCCCCUAGCAACCACAUCAACGUGCUGCUGCGGUUCGUCGUCGGUGAGAUAGUGAUCAACCUGUCCCGCUCGACGGAGCAGGUAGACAGACCCUACGUGAUGCUGAGUGUCAGCAAGGCGUGCGUGGACGUGGCUCUCAUGGCUUACGGGCCCGCUGUCCAGCUGGCGGCUCGACAACUGCUGUUAGCUGACAAGUUGCAUAGAAGUGCAUCUGGGCAGUACUUGGAACUGCUGACAAGUGACGGCGAGCUGUUUAAUCUGCUGUAUAGGAAGGUGCGCGCUGACUGCCCGGAGUUCCGCACACACUUCCACAGCGUAGAACAAUCCCUAGUGGUGGAUGUUGGAGCGUUAUCGGUCCUGCUGCACGCGCCUGCGCUGCACACGCUCGUCAAGUACCUGCAGUACGUGGGCGACAAGAUACAAAACCGCCGGACCCUGAAUAUAAAGAAGGUGGUAGCGCCGCGAGCCCAGACCCUGUGGGACUACAUCAUGAAGCCCGAGGCCGACCCGCCCGUGCCGCCGGGCGCCACCAAGUUCAGUUACUCAGUCAGGGCUACCUCAUUAAGCUUGCGGCUGUGGCAACUAGACAGCGCGCUGUUAGAGCUGCGGCUACUAGCCCUGGAGAGCGACUGCGUGUUCCGCGCCAACGACCGCUGCGUGUUCCGCCUGUACCUCAGCUCGCUGCACCUCGACGACCUGUCCGAGGCCACGCUGUACCCCAAGCUGGUCUGGCCGGACGAAGACAAAGUACUGGAGAUCAAGUACGUGCGCGCGGCGCCGAGAUUGUACGGCGACGCGCAGCUAAAGGCGCACGGCGAGCUGCGCGUGCACGUGGGCCGCGUGCACGUCGUGCUGUUCCACUGCGUGCUCAUGCAGCUGCAGCAAUUCCUAGAGCCGCUAAUUCCGGCGGCGGCGGCGGGGCAAGCGGCGGCGGCAGCUGAAAAGGCGGCGGCGCGUGCGCGGCCCCUGCGCUCAACCGCUGCGCGCCUCAACCUCGUCAUACAGAUACAUGCACCAGUUCUAUUAUUACCUCAGAAGCCAUCUUCGCCCAACUUACUGGUUCUCAACAUGGGUGACCUGUCCAUAGAGAACUUCUUCAAGCUAGUGAACCCGGGCCAGGACGCGAGCAGUCCCGUGCAGAGCCCCAUCAUAGACAAUAUACUGAUCAAGCUCGUCAACGUCACGCUGUCAAGAGCUGUGAUGACGUUAGCAGGCACUUUGGAAGUGCAGGAGCCGAUCCUCGAGCCAGUAUGCGCUCGCUGCGACAUGAAGCGCCUGGUAGCAGGCGGCGUCGGCGCAGCGCGUGAACACCCGGCGUUAGAAGCUGACGUCAUCGUGGACAGCGUGCUGCUGUACGUGGGACAGCGCGACCUGGCCACGCUGCUCGCCGUGUGGGCCGACAACCUGAGCGAGGCGCACUACAUCGGGAACAUAGUGCCAACGUCUCCUGUAGAAGUGGCGCCCUCAGAUGCGUCGGUGAAGAAACUUCAAGCCUUCCUGGCACAAGGCGAGCCUAUCAGAAAAGAGGCUGUAUUUAGGUUCACCCUCGAAGGCGUCGAACUCAAACUAUUCUCGGAUAUGGAUGAAGUUCUCAGCUCGCCCGUGCGCGACCUGAACCAUGGCUUAGCAAAACUAACAGCUGGCGAGGCGACGGUGCAACUGGACUACUAUUCUGAUAGCAGUACUGAGAUGAAGGCCAGCUUGCAGAGCUUGCUCAUUGAGGAUAUUAGGCCUGACCCCACUAUUGUGAUCAAGAGAAUCUUCCAAUGCCAAGGCGGUGCCACCCGAGCGUCCGGCGGCAUCAGCGUCCAGCGCCCGCCGCUCAUAGACUGCAGCGUGCGCGUGGGAGCGGCCCGAGCGGCACAGGUGGACGUGCGCGUUGACCGGACGCGCCUCAACCUGGCGCCGCCCUUCCUGCUGCAGCUGGCCAAGACUCUGCUGGACGCCGUGCCAGGGGAGAAGGCGAUGGAUGGCGGAGUGGUGAACCAUGGUUACGUGGGCGACCUGCACCCGUCGAAGCCGGGCAACAACAACCGCGCGGCGCGGUUCCCAAGCUCCAGCGACUCUACUAGUGGAUACUACUCUACAAGUACAUCGAUAGCCGAAGAGAACCCUGGACUCUCCAUCUCCAUCCAGUUCCGGCAGCCGGAGGUCAUGUUAUUCACCGACCUCAGCAAGUCGGAGGGCCACGCGCUGCUGCUACGAGCCGAGCUAAUGCUGGACUACUCCUCGCACGCCGCGCAGGAGAGCCUGGUGCUGUCGCUGGCCGGCCUGCAGGUGAUGUCCAAACUGCAGUCCAAGCUAAAGAACCUGCCUCCGCAACCUGUGUUGAAGCCAUGCGACGUGGAAUUCUCGAAGUGCUUCAAGAACGUCGAGGAGGGCGUCAAGGUCAAGCUCUCCGUGUCCGAGAUAGAAGUUCAUAUUGCUGCCACUACGGUGCAUACAGUUAUGGACAUCAUCGAGGAGAUCACGACCGAACUCUCGAUCCCAGAUGAGAAGGAGCCUUUCAACUUCGCGUCCUACCACCCUAAGAUGGAAAAGCCUGACGAAGACUUAUGGUCACCCAAAAAGCUGACUCCCUACGUCAUGCUGAACCCUGAGGAUAGCUACGUGCAGCCCAAGUAUCCCACGGUGACGCCCACGGAGACGUGUAGUGUGCGAGUGCCCAGUGUGAGGGUGCUAUUUGAGCUGGAGCAAACUGUGCGAGUGCCUGUGCUCAUGCUUGAGAUGUCGGCUGAGCUGACGCUGCACGACUGGUCGCGUCAAUUACACGGCUGCGGCAGCGUGGCGGCGCAGGCGCACGUGUACAACGAGCGCGCGGACGCGUGGGAGCCGCUGCUGGAGCCCGGCGCGCGCGCCGAGAACGCGUGCCGGCCGUGGGAGCUCGCCGCCACCCUGCUGCAGGCCAAAUCCUACCCAAUGUCGGCUCGCCUCGACACGACCGUCCAAACCGAGCCCGAAGACCUCUCUUCAUCAGAUCGUGCUAAAAAACCUAAAAAGAAAACCGGCUUCGAAUCCGAGACCUCAGCAGACGAGGGUGAUACAGACAACGAGAUGGUAUUCAUAAAGAACCCUAAUGGGAGGGAAAGCAAGCCUUAUAACGUGGACUUCAAUGCAGGAAACAUGUCGUUAUUAGGAGCGUUGGAUCUGGACGAAUCGGAUUCGGAGAACGAGAAUGGACUGAUGGAUAAACUGGCGACGGCUAUUAGCCACCUAUUUACGGAUAGUGAUUCAAGUGCCGACGAUCUAAGUAACGAGGAAGAUUCUUCGGCGCCGGAGCAGAGCGAGCCCGAGGGCAGCGACAACGAAGACAACGAUAAGGCCGUCUCUUUCACCGACUCCGACAACAAGCCGAAGAAGGAUACGGAGCACAAGACUGUCACGUUGCAGGAGCCAGUCCGCGAAGACAGCGUAGACUCCGGCCUCGAAACGGAAAGCUUCGCAGAGCGCAUGUGCACAUACGUCAUACUCGAAGCUAAGGAAAGCCUCAACAUCACCAUCACACCAGCUGGUGCACGCGCAUUGUUGGCUUUGUCGGCUGCCAUCACCGACAGGACGUCUGUCGUGUCGGCUAUUGUUACUAGUGAGACUGGGCUCGUGUUGAUCAAUGAUAUAGGACCUGGAUCAACGGUGCAUUUAAGGACGCGAGCAGAAACUGAUUUAGCAGGGAAUGACAGGGUAUUGGCUAUAGCCGACUAUGACGCCGAUGCCAGCCGCCCUAGUACUCCAGGCUGUGACACAUCAGGAGCAGAUCUACUGGACGAAGAAAUAGUAAAAGAAACCAAACCUGAAAUGGCUGAUGUGAGCGAAGACUGGGAUUGCGUGUUCGAGGGCGGUUUCCCCGCAGGCGGCAUGUCGCCACCUGGGGCGGGCGCAAGCUGGGCGCCGCCCGCCCCGCCCGCACAACUGCGGGCCAAGCUCACCGACCUCACGCUGUCUGUCAGGCUGCACGACAUGGACCCGCUCACGAUCCUGUGCCCAUCACGUAACGCAACUAAACUACACGUGCUGCAUCCGAGCCGCCACGAUACGCGCUACUACAUCGUGGUGGAGCGCGCGUCCAAGUACAACACCAAGAAGAUCGUGGUCCGCUCGCCGCUGCAGAUCCGCAACGAGACCUCCUACCCUCUCGAACUCUUCUACAAGAAGUCUGAGCUCGCAGCGGCGGGAUCGGGCGCGGGCGCACCUGGUGCCCUCACCAACCCCUUCGACGACAAGCGGCGGCUGUGCGUGCUGGCGCCGCAGGAGCAGUACAACGUGCCGCUGUACAUCGCCUACCACUGCAGGCUGUUCCUGCUGCCCUCCAGCGCACAAACGUACCAGACCCAUGCUCACGGCCUCUGGUGGAAGGAGCUGGCUAACGACCUGGGCACGCCACGUGACGUCAUCUGUCCCACCAAGGACGGGCCCGAACACAAGAUAUUCGCCAUGAGGAUCAUCACCGUUGAAGGCUGCCAGUCGCACAAAGUGACGCGCUCCAUCCCCAACUAUCUAAUUCGGGUGGUGCCGCCGCUGGCCAUCUACAACCGACUACCAUACGCUUUGGAGCUUGCGUGCGCCGCGCGUGAUUGGCGCGUGCGACUAGAAGCCGGCGAGCGCGCGCACUGCUACACGCUGCCGCCCGCCAUGCCGCAUCGGCUCACGCUCGACAUCAAAUACAUGGGCCUACCGUGGGCGGGAAGCUUUACUCUGGCACCAGACGUGACGGAGAAAACCAUAAACAUGUCGUGCGACGGGUCGGACGGGCCGGGCCGGCCGCUGCAGGUGAGCGUGCGCGCCGAGCGCCGCGCCAGCUGGCGGCUGUUCCUGCACGCGCAGCACUGGCUCAUCAACAAGACGCAGCUGCCGCUGCAGCUCAAGGGCCAGCACUCAGACAUCUGGUACGAGCUAACAGACGAGCCGGUCCUCUGGCGCGCCAGCGGGCGUUCCAACCGCGCGUCCGCCUGCCGCGUGCGUCUGCGGGCGCACCACAGCGCCACCUCGCGUCGCACUCCGCUCGCCGCCGCCGCGCCCGGCCUCGUCGUCUGCUCGCACUCGGAGCGGCGCACCGACUACCGCCUGCUGCUGUGCGUGACGCUGUCAGAACUGUGUCCGCAACUGACCAAGAUCGUGACCCUACUUCCUUACUUCGUCGUCUACAACGAUACGCGGCGCCACCUCCGCUUCAUGGAGGAGAACGAAGCAGCCGACCUGUGGCUUGACCUGGCGCCGCAGCAGUGCGCGCCCUUCUGGCCUCAAACGGAUUCUAUGAUGAUGCACUGCAAGUUCCGUGACUCCUGCGUCAUCUCACAGCACUUCCCGAUCACGAAGAACCAUUUUACGGUGCUUAGGAUGGAUAAGGGGUCGGCCAUUUGCGUGGACGUGACCGGCGGCACGGACCGUCCCUUCACGAUCACUUUCAAGCCGUAUACCAGCGGCGACGCGCCCGUGCGCAUCGACAACCUGUGCGACGACCUGUUCCUCAAGCUACACCAAGCCGACUCCGGCCAGGUGGCGCUGCUGAGCCCCUACCAGUCGCUGCUGUACACCUGGGACGACCCCGCCAAGGAGCGCACGCUGUACUGGAACAUAUACAACAACAAGGGCAAGGGCUUCGUGGCGGACUUCGGCCAGGACGGAUAUGGCGAAGAAAAAGUCAGCUUCCAGUCGGUGAAACACUCGACGCUGGUCGCAACCAGCAGCGUGACUUCCAAACUGUCGUCUACCCUCAAGCGCCUGACGCCCAAGUCUCCUGAACCCUGCUCCUCCAGCAGCGACGACUCCGACAGCUCAGACCUUCCAGAAAACCACACCAAGACCAAGAAGAUGAGGAAAGACAAGGUCAUCGUAUACUGGAUCUCGUACAUGGAAGGCUACCAAAGAGUCUUCGCGCUGGCCCAAGACGAAAGAAUCGCCUACCAGUACCGAAUGAGGAUCAACUCUGAAAGGAGUAACUACGAAGUAUAUCUAUCCUUAUCAGGCGUGAGCCUAUCAGUUUGCGUCCAAAAUAAUAACGCAGUCAAAGAACUCGCAUACGUUAGUAUUACUGACUCAUUGCCCAAAUGGGAGGUCAACGUGAGUCGCAAGUGGAAGCAACUGUCCCCAGACCUGACCGCCUGGAUCGAAGAGAAAUACCAGACUGAACAAAAGAAGUGCCAAUUAAAAGAAUACAUCGAUAUAGACUUAGAAAAGAUGCAAAUGACGAAGCCGUUCUUCUCAGAACUGCGGCGGACGUACAACCCUGGUGUUUGGUUGCAAUUCCGUAAAUCUGACACGUAUAGUUAUUUCCACAUGAAGGUACAAAGACUGCAGAUAGAUAACCAGCUGAAUGAAGCGGUGUUUCCUAGCGUUCUGUAUCCAGCUCCCUUACCACCAGAAGCGAGGUCAAACCGUGGCUUAAAGCCAUGCAUGGAGAUCGUAGCCUUGAAGCAGCACAGGCCUACGCUGAACCAAGACGUGUACAAAUACCUCAAGAUUCUAGUCAGGGAGUACUGUGUGAAUUUGGAUAGAGGUUUCGUUAACCACGUGUUCGAUAUCCUCAACCAUUGGAAGAUAGAAGAGAAGCCAGCGGUGAGACUGCGAGCUGACUUGGCUUUGGUUCAUAUGCCGUUGCCAAUUAUUGCUAUAAAGAGCCAAACGAGCGCGCAAAAGAAUGUGUUGUUUGAGUUCGUGCACCUCUCUCCUAUCAAGAUAGUGUUAAGUUUGUCCUCGAGAGGCUACUUGACGGAGAGCGCUAGUAGUCCGAGCAGGACAAGGUUCGGAACCAAGAAGGAGAACAGGCCUAAACUGUUUAAUAGUGAUCUGUUGGAGUACCUCUUCAAUUCGUGGGGCUCAUCGCUCUGUGACAUGAAGGAUGUAGUCUUAAGGAUGUCCUACCUAGAACUUCGCAACGCGCCGCUGACGGCAGCAGGGCUGGCAGACGCAGCAUCACGCCACUACUGGACGCAGCUGGUGCAGCAGUUCCAUGUCCUCGUACUUGGACUUAGCAUCCUCGGGAACCCUUAUAGCACCAUCGGGGACUUCUCGCGCGGCAUGAAGCAGUACUAUGAGCCUUAUCUGAGUUGCUUCUCGCUUGGCAGCUGGACGCAGCUGGUGCAGCAGUUCCACGUGCUAGUACUAGGCCUGAGCAUCCUCGGGAACCCUUAUAGCACCAUCGGGGACUUCUCGCGCGGCAUGAAGCAGUACUAUGAGCCUUAUCUGAGUUGCUUCUCGCUUGGCAGCUGGACGCAGCUGGUGCAGCAGUUCCACGUGCUAGUACUAGGCCUGAGCAUCCUCGGGAACCCUUAUAGCACCAUCGGGGACUUCUCGCGCGGCAUGAAGCAGUACUAUGAGCCUUAUCUGGUGAGUGCUAGAGCAGCUUCUCGCUUGGCAGCUGGAUGCAGUGACGAGGAGUCAGCCAGCAACGAUCUGCCAGCGGCCGUGUUGGAGGCGGCGCGUGCGCACCCGGCCAGCGUGGCGCUAGCGUUGGCCGGACUCAUCGCGCGGCCCACUGUCGCGACUGACGCAAGAACGCUGGAACCUACAAACCGGGGAAUACUUGACGUAAUAUACGAAACCGUCACAGACAUCGCAAACUUCAUAACCAACGUACAAGACACCGUCAACAUAAUUUUCAACGCACCAGAAGAAAACACUCAGUCAAAUACAACUGCUCUAGAGGAUGCACAUCUGAACAUCACUGAAUUGGCUACCAAGUAUGGAUAUCCCAUUGAAGAACACGAUGUCCUGUCUGAUGAUGGAUACAUCAUUAACGUUCAUAGAAUACCACGAGGCAAGAAUAAUGUCACCAAUAAUUUAGUAGCCUUCCUGAUGCACGGGUUCGUUGAAAGCUCCGACAGCUGGGUUCUGCAGGGUCCCGACAAGGCUCUAGCUUACAUAUUAGCUGAUCAGGGCUUCGAUGUGUGGAUGGGGAACGCUAGAGGGAAUAAAUACGCCAACAGACACAUCUCAAUGGUCCCCAACCAGACGAAAUUUUGGGAAUUCACGUGGGAAGAAAUUGGCGUUUUUGAUCUGCCAGCAAUGAUUGAUUUCGCCCUUAAUGUUACUGGACAAGACAGUUUAUACUACGUGGGGUACUCUCAAGGGUCGACGAGCUUUUACGCGAUGAGCGCUUUGAAGCCAGAGUAUAUUAAAAAGGUAAAGCUGAUGUUUUCGAUGGCGCCUGUGGCUUGGAUGGCACACGUGAAGAGUCCGCUCGUGAAGAUGUUCUCUCCAGCGUCAACUGUCUUGGGGAAUAUCCUCUUAAACAGUAACAUUCCUAAUACAGACUUUCUUAGCUCCAUGUUAGAUUCCUUUUGCAAUUACAUAAGCGCGUCAUGUAACAACGUUCUGAACAUAAUCAUCGGCAAUGACAGCAAGUAUUUGGCUGGCAUAAUGCCGGCGAUAAUGGGUCAUAUGCCGACCACUUCGUCGACGCUGCAGCUAGUUCACUUCGGGCAGCUCGUGAAGUCUGGAAGGUUCUGUCGGUUUGACUAUGGAGAGGCCAAAAAUAUUCAACUGUACGGUACUGAAAUUCCUCCUGAUUAUGAUCUCAGUGAAAUGACUGUUCCUGUAGUUAUAUACUUCGGUGAAAACGAUUGGUUGGCGGUGCCUGAUGAUGUCGCAACACUGCAGAAACAUUUGCCGAAUGUUGUUGAGUCGAAUUACAUAAGGGAUUUUAACCAUAUGGAUUUCAUGUUCGCUGACUUAUGCCGCGAGGCUGCUCGUGCGUCGUUAUCGCGGCAGCUGGGUGCCAACAGCGCGGAGAACGCUCUGAAGGCGUGCGUGGAACGCAGCGGCGGCCGUCUCGUGGCGCGCCAGCGGCUGCCGCGACACUGCCCUGCCGACGGCAUCAGGCCAUACUCGCAGCACGCGGCCCUAGGGCUGCAGCUGCUGAGGCAGCUGGGCCGCGGCCACUACGCCGACACCGACGCCUACAUCGCGCACGCGCCGCUCGCGCCCGCCUCGCUCGGCACGCUGCUGCACGCGGCCCUAGGGCUGCAGCUGAGGCAGCUGGGCCGCGGCCACUACGCCGACACCGACGCCUACAUCGCGCACGCGCCGCUCGCGCCCGCCUCGCUCGGCACGCUGCUGGUCACCACGCAGCACAUAUUCAUGGUGCGCGCGGGCGGCGGCGGCGGCUCGUGGCACAUCGAGUGGGUGGUAAAGCUCGACGACAUCAUCGGCGCGCCCGUAGUGAGAGGAGACCAGCUCGUGUUAAACAUCAAACAGGACGAAAUGGUGAACUACUUCUCCACCGAUGAGAAAGUCAUCGAAGUAUCUGACCCCGAGGUGCUGCUCUGGCUGAAGGCCAAGGUGGAGUGUGCCCUCAUCCUGGCGCUGGAGGACAAGCGUUGCCCCAACGAGUAACGACUAUGCCACGAAUUUGCUACAAAUACACAGAACUGAGCACUCUACGUAAGAUGUUUUUGUAAUCGGCAUCUGAUGGAAUCCCCGGCCCGGCUCUAUUGGGUUCGUUUGGACGAUUUCUUUUUAUUUAGUUAUGUAUGUUGACUCUGGUUAAAUACUGCUUUCCUAUGCAGCUUUAGUUACGGCGAAAUGUUUAAAUUAUACCCAAAGAGGUAUUAAUUAGAUUUUGUUAAAA